AUGACGUGCUAUGACGUCAGUCCUCAAUGGGGUUUUCGAUUCCGUCAUCGUGUUUGUGGUGAUGAGAAUACCCUUAAGAAUUCCCAGAAGGCGGCAGACCGAGCUCGUCGUCCAAAGCUUCCAGAAGGUACCCGAGCUCCGGUUGAGACUUGCCGGAAUUCGACAUCAGGUCGACCACUGGCGUCGGAGAAGAAGUACAAGCCUGGGCAUGGUGGAGACGAGUCGGGAUAUAAUGCUACGUAUCAUUAUGGUUCCACGGCCACAAUAGAGAAGCCCCAUGCAGUUUGUAUCCCUUUCCCAGCUCAAGGCCACAUAAACCCCAUGCUCAAGAUGGCCAAAAUCCUCCACUACAGAGGCUUUCAUAUCACUUUUAUUAACACUGAGUUCAACCACAAACGCCUUCUCAAAUCCCGAGGUCCCAACUCUCUCAACGGCCUCCCUUCCUUUCGAUUCGAAACCAUUCCCGACGGCCUUCCCGAGUCCGACGUCGAUGCCACCCAAGACAUAGCAUCCAUAUGCGACUCUACAAGAAAACAUUGCUUAGCUCCCUUCAGAAACCAUCUUUCAAAACUGAACGACACAUCUUCAUCCAAUGUCCCUCCAGUCACUUGCAUAGUUUCCGAUGGAGCCAUGACCUUCACUCUAGACGCAGCAGCAGAACUGGGCAUCCCUGAGGUUCUUUUCUGGACAGCCAGUGCAUGUGGGUACAUGGGCUACGUUCAAUAUCGCCGUCUCAUUGAGAUGGGUCUGACACCACUCAAAGAUGCGAGCUAUUUAACGAAUGGGCAUUUAGAUACAGUCAUCGAUUGGGUUCCAGGUAUGAAAGGUAUUCGCCUGAGGGAUCUUCCGAGCUUCAUUAGAACCACAAACCCAGAUGAAAUUAUGCUAAAUUUUCCAAUGGUUGAAUGCGAGAGAGCUCAAAAAGCUUCAGCUCUCAUCUUCAAUACGUUUGAUGCCUUAGAGCAUGAGGUGUUAGACGCACUUUCAUCCAUGUUUCCUCCUAUUUACUCCAUUGGUCCCCUGCAACUUCUCCUAAAUCAGAUCCCGGAUAGUGAUCAUAAAUCAAUUGGCUCAAACCUAUGGAAAGAAGACGUUGAGUGUCUCGAAUGGCUAGACAAAAAAGAAGCCAACUCCGUUGUUUACGUGAAUUUCGGUAGCAUAAUGGUGAUGACAAGCGACCAAUUAAUCGAGUUUGCUUGGGGGCUUGCAAAUAGCAACCAAACAUUCUUGUGGAUAAUAAGGCCCGAUCUUGUGGACGGUGAUUCGGCCGUUCUUCCACCGGAAUUCUUAGAAGAGACCAAAGAAAGGGGUCUAUUGGCAAGUUGGUGCCCUCAAGAGCAAGUUCUGAGCCAUCCAUCCAUUGGAGGGUUCUUAACGCACAGUGGGUGGAAUUCCACGAUUGAAAGCGUGUGCGGUGGAGUGCCAAUUAUCUCUUGGCCGUUCUUCGCCGACCAGCAAACCAAUUGUCGGUACUCUUGCAAUGAGUGGGGCAUAGGCAUGGAGAUUGAAGGUGGUGGUAAGAGAGGAGAAAUAGAGAGACUUGUGAGAGAGCUGAUGGUGGGAGAGAAGAGGAAAGAGUUGAAGAAGAAAGCUGUAGCGUGGAAGAAGUUGGCAGAGGAGGCCACCAGUAGGCCUACUGGGUCAUCUUACAUGAAUAUUGACAAAGUGAUUAAUGAAGUUCUUCUUUCUGCAAGACAUUAGGUUAUGUUGGAUUGAUUAUAGAAGGCUGUUUAUAUUGAAUAAGCUUUAUAGAGCCUG